GAAACUCAAGAUCGCCGAUUGCGAAUUUUAUGUGAUAGAAUUCAUCUGCCGGAGUUUUCCUCGUCUCCAACACUUAGAAGUAGAAAUGGGAUUUGUGCCAGAAAUGGAUGAUUAUGAACGAUGUGCAAAAUUAGUAGACUUGGGGAAACAUGAAUUACGGAGAAAUUGUGGCUUUCAUUACAGUCAGCACAGCAACGUUCGGUGCUUGACAAUGCUCGGUUGUUCGCUAACGGAUGCUGACCUUAACGAGAUACCGGAAAUGUUCCCGUCGCUUAAAAGAUUGACCAUCGCCAGGGGUCUAAGUUUGGACCCGGUGUCGGACUCUGCUUUCGAAAGAAUGCACAAAUUGAUGCCGUCGUGCAGAAUCGACUAUCAUGGCGAACGUUUCUAUCCAGUUGACGAUAGUGCUUCGAAUUGA